AUGAGUCAUUACGAAGACCCUUUUUCCAAUCACACAGAAGCAGAUGGGGACGUGGAGAAGCAAGAGAGUGAUGGUGAAAUUCGCUCUGCUGGGGGCGCUCCUAGGCGCAACCGCCAAAAGAAAGAGGGUGCGGAUGGAGCCGUCGAUGGACAGGCUAGAGAAGAGUUGAAAGAAUGGGACUGCUACGACAAGCUAGGAUAUUCCUUCCCCUGGUGGAAGAAAUGGACUAUCCUCUCGGUGAUCUUUGCCGUCCAAACAUCCAUGAACUUCAAUGCCAGUUUUUAUGCUAGCAGCAUCACGCUGUAUGCGAAACAUUUCAGCAUCUCAGAGCAAGCCGCACGCACUGGCCAAAUGGGAUUCCUCGUUGCUUAUGCAUUCGGCUGCGAGUUUUGGGCGCCCUUCAGUGAAGAGUUUGGCCGAUGGCCCAUAAUGCAGCUCAGCUUGUUCUUUGUCAACAUCUGGCAGAUUCCCUGUGCUCUGGCUCCUAACUUUGGUACCAUUGUCAUCUGUCGCAUUCUCGGGGGUCUAUCAUCCGCCGGUGGUUCUGUAACACUCGGUAUGGUGGCAGACAUGUGGGAGCCAGAGGACCAACAAUACGCCGUGGCCUUCAUUGUGUUAUCCUCUGUGGCAGGCUCGGUCGUUGCCCCAGUCGUUGGUGGCUUUGUGGCAACUUUCCUUGAUUGGCACUGGAAUUUCUGGCUUCAGCUUAUCCUCGGAGGCUUUGUGCAGAUACUGCACUUCUUCAUUCCAGAGACCAGGUGCAGCAUUCUCAUCACGAGAGAAGCCAGACGAAGACGGAAAAACGGGCAGACGGUAUGGAGUGGGGACGAGCUGAAGAAGACUCGCAUGUCUUUCCGCUGGGUGUUCAUGGUUUGGAUACGGCCGUUUAUUAUGUUCCUGCGCGAGCCGAUUGUCUUGUGCCUCUCUCUGCUCAGCGGCUUCAGUGAUUCUCUGAUCUUCACUUUCCUUCAAUCGUAUACGCCGGUAUACAAGCAGUGGAAGUUCAACACCAUUACAACUGGACUUUCUUUCCUCCCACUUUUGGUGGGCUAUUUCAUUGCCUAUUUCUCGUUCAUUCCAUGGAUCUAUCGGCAUUGCAAGAUUACAAAAAAAGACCCAGAUGCUCUGCAGCCGGAAGCUCGUCUUUAUUGGUUGCUAUGGGGCAAGUAUUCUCAGAUAUGGUCUGUUGUGGCCCCUCUGUUGACAAUUGGCCUAUUUGGAUUCUCGUGGACUAGCCUUGGUCCACCUCAUGUCCAUUGGAUUGCGCCUAUGAUUUUCUCCGCCUUGAUUGCGAUCGCCAAUUACGCCAUUUACAUGGCCACAAUCGACUACAUGAUUGCCGCGUACGGUCCAUAUUCCGCCUCAGCCACAGGAGGAAAUGGAUUCGCGCGUGAUUUCUUGGCCGGCAUUGCGGCAAUGUAUUCAGUGCCCAUGUACUCAAACAUGGGUAAAACAAACCACCUCGAAUGGCCUUCCACCUUCUUGGGCUUCAUGGCAAUCCUCUUCACCAUUCCAAUAUACAUAUUCUAUUGGAAAGGUCCUAGGAUUCGAGAACUGUCACCAUUCGCACAGACUUUGGCUUCCGACAGAAAGAAGGCUGGCCGCAGGGUUUCAUCCUGUGGUUCCGGUGAUCCAGAUCCUGUUGAAAGGUAUUUGUCUGAACGUUCCUCAAGCGAAACCAGAACCAGAUCCGGUCUGCCACUUCCCUCGGAGUAG